AUGAACAUCAUCCACAUCCACAUAAACACCGAGCAAAAGCAGCGCCAGGGGCGCUUCAGCCAGUUCAUGGACCUCCUGCCGCUGGGCGGGGGCCUGAGCUCCAGCUCCACGCCCCAGAAUUCGAGCUCGAACCGGAUCCAGAGCCUGCCGUCCACGUCGUCGUCGCUGGGCAGCCCCAACCUGAGCUUCCACAGCGAGGAGCUGCUCCUGGACCUGGAGACCGGCGAGGAGUUCCACGAGCCGUACAGGUAG